ACGCCCACUGUUCAGUAAACCCCGCCCGCUGCUGCUGGUAAAGUUUCCUGAAGUCCCGCUGAUGUCCUCGUUUGUCCCCGUUUUUCUGGAUUAAUGCUGACUUUCUGGUGGAUUUUAUUCUGAUGGUGGAAUAAGAGGGAAGCAUGGUGGUGAAUUCCGUGCACUGGUUCCGCAAAGGUCUUCGGCUGCAUGAUAAUCCGGCACUGCAGGAGGCCCUUAGCGGAGCGGACACGGUACGCUGUGUUUAUAUCCUGGACCCUUGGUUCGCCGGAGCCGCUAACGUCGGGAUCAACAGAUGGAGGUUUCUGCUGGAGUCUCUGGAGGACCUGGACAACAGUCUGAAGAAGCUCAACUCGAGGCUGUUUGUGGUCAGAGGUCAGCCCACCGAGGUUUUCCCGAGGCUCUUUAAGGAAUGGAACGUGACCCGGCUGACGUUCGAAUACGACCCGGAGCCUUACGGGAAGGAGAGGGACGGCGCCAUCAUCAAGAUGGCCCAGGAGUUCGGAGUGGAGACGGUGGUCAGGAACUCGCACACCCUCUACAACCUGGACAGGAUAAUCGAGAUGAACAACAACAACCCGCCUCUGACCUUUAAACGCUUUCAGGCCAUCGUGAGCCGACUGGAGUUGCCUAGGAGACCUCUGGCUCCCGUCAGCCAGCAACAGAUGAACCGAUGCCUCGGCAAAAUCUCCGACAACCACGACCAGCUGUACAGUAUACCUUCACUGGAGGAGCUGGGUUUCAGGACGGAGGGGUUACCUCCAGCUGUGUGGCGGGGAGGAGAGUCGGAGGCUUUGGACCGACUGAGCAGAUACCUGGACAAAAACGUGUGGGUGGCCAACACUCGGGUGAAGACCUGCUCUCUGUACGCCAGCCCCACAGGCCUCAGCCCCUACCUGCGCUUCGGCUGCCUGUCCUGCAGGGUGCUGUACUACAACCUCAGAGAGAUCUACAUGAAGCUCUGUAAGCGCAGCAGUCCUCCGCUGUCCCUGUACGGCCAGCUGCUGUGGAGGGAGUUCUUCUACACCGCCGCCACCAACAACCCAAACUUCGACCGCAUGGAGGGAAACCCCAUCUGCGUGCAGAUCCCAUGGGACCAGAACCCAGAGGCGCUGGCCAAGUGGGCUGAGGGACGGACCGGCUUCCCCUGGAUCGACGCCAUCAUGACUCAGCUGAGGCAGGAGGGCUGGAUCCACCACCGGGCGCGGCACGCCGUGGCCUGCUUCCUCACCAGAGGCGACCUGUGGAUCAGCUGGGAGAGCGGGAUGAAGGUGUUUGAGGAGCUGCUGCUGGACGCAGACUGGAGCGUGAACGCUGGCAGCUGGAUGUGGCUGUCCUGCAGCGCCUUCUUCCAGCAGUUCUUCCACUGCUACUGUCCCGUGGGCUUCGGGCGGAGGACCGACCCGUCAGGAGAUUACAUCAGGCGUUACAUUCCCAUCCUGAAGGACUUUCCGAACCGCUACAUCUACGAGCCGUGGAACGCCCCGGAGUCUCUGCAGAAGGCGGCGAACUGCGUGGUGGGAGUGGAUUACCCCAAACCGAUGAUAAACCACGCAGAGGGCAGCCGGCUCAACAUCGAGCGCAUGAAGCAAGUUUACCAGCAGCUGUCCCAUUACAGGGGACUCAGCCUACUGGCAUCGGUACCGACGAUCCAGGAGGAAGCAGAGCCGCCGAUGACAGACGAGUCUCAGACCAGCAGCGGACCCGAUUCUCCUCCCAGAGUUCUUGCCGACAUCGAAGCAGCCGUCUGCCUGAUGGCUCCAGAUUCCUCCACCUCGGCGCCGGUUCCGGACCAGGACAACUCGUCGCUCCAUCGGCCGUUCCAGGAUCACUGCACCUCCUCGGGCCGACCGUCCUCUCCUGCCUCCAGUCCGCCCCAAAGCCCCGCACCUCGCUCCAAACCCGGCUCUCCCUCCUCCUCCUGCCCCUCACCGUCCGCCAGCCCGUCCUCACUGCCCCCGAGAAGGAAAGGCGUCGCCCACAAGGGCCGGAGAAGCCAAAGACGGAGAGAACGUCCGUCCUGCCCGAUGGCGACGGAGGAGGAAGAGGAGGAGAUGAUGCAGGAGGAGGUGGAUGAAGAGAGGAUGGAGGAGGAGGAGACGGCAACAGCGCAACAGUGACAUCAGGUGGACAGACAAGGUGCGGUUUCUGAGAACAAUCUGUACAUUUCCUCCAUCCAGCUGGAAACUAAGGAACGCUCCUUUGGAUCUGAUGGUCCAACGAGUGGAAGAGGAGCAGCACAUUAAAACCCCAGUUAACCCAAAUCAGGACAGAAACUGCACACAGACUGCUGUCUGGUCUAAAACCUUAUUGAGGCCAUAUAAUGUAUGUAAGAUGAAUUAUGUGUUUUUUGUACAGCUCCACCUUUUGUUUUCUAAGGAUUUCAUCAGAUCAGAGUGUCUCUCUGAUCAUGGACUUCAUUUAAAGGUGGAAAUCAUUUGAUCCUUCUGACGGCAUCAGGACUGUCUCCUGCGAUCCAGGUUUAUGUUUAUACUCCCCUUGUAACAGUUUGGUCCAGUCUGAAAAACCAGUAACAAUUUAAAGGGUUUAAAUGUUUCUACAAUGUAAUUCAAAGCGUUCAGGAUGAUCACUGUCCAGGUCUGCAGAGGUUUCAUAUUCAGUCGUGAGUGUGACGUGUUUAACAUCGAGUUCAGGCGUGGUCAGACCCCCUAAAAAAAUAUAUGAAUUAGUUAAAACAUGAAAGAAAAUCCAACUAAAAUUUCUACUCAUCUGCUGCCACAAAAUGGAAUCACAUAAUUUAAUAUUCUGUAUUUUAAAAGAUUUAAAAGACCAAAAUUCAACCUUUGUAAUUGUUUCUGAUGAGAAACUUCAGUUAUAGUUUUUUUAUUAUUAUUUAAAAAUUAUUUUUCUGAAAAAUUAUUUCUGAAAAUAUUUAUUCCGAAAUAAUGUAAUUAUUUUACUUUUUUUCUGAAAUAAUAUUCCAGAAAAUAAUUUCGGAAACGUAAUUUUUGGAAAUUAUAAAAAAAAUUUAAAUUUCAGAAAAAGUAUUUGUUUUCUGAAUCAAAUUUUUUAUUUUGAAUCUUAAAAACUGAAUGUGACCCUUUUGUCAUUUUUAGCAUGAGAGUUUUAAUUACACCUUUAAUUCUUUUUUUAACAGAAACUUCUUUAAAAAAUUAAAACACAUUAGUACUUCUAUUAAACUUGGUUAAUGUAAGGUUUUUCUUUUAAAGAACAUUGUAAUUUUUGUUGCAGGCAAUUGACUAAAAGAUGUUUUAAACCAAACAAGCUGAAAAAUUACUCAGAAAAGUUAGGAAACUGUCCAGCUCUUAUUAAUACAAAGAAAAUGCCACUUUGCUUCAUUAAAUAUUGCAUGUAUAAUUUAUUAUGUGUUUUUAAGUUGGAAAAACAAUAAGGCUCUUCAAUACUUUCGACUUUGUGAUUCAGUCCCAUGUUGCAAACGUUUAGACGCCCCUUCCUCAGAGCCCAUUUAAUGUCAAUUAUAGAAACUGGAGUUUCUAACAGACUCGUCAGCAGAACUUCGUCCUGCAGCCUGAACCCGAUGUUGCGCUUCACUGACUUCUUGUUUCUGGAUGAAUCUGUUGUUGAAUGUUUAAAUCCACUUCACUCUGUUCUGUCCUUGGGAACUCUUUGUUUAUAUGUAAAUAUUAAAAGUGAAUAUUUUAGGAAUAGCUGAUAUUUUUGCCAGCAGUUGGAGAACCCAGCCAGAUCCUGUAGUUGUUCUGCAGGCCGGGAAACAUGAAGGUGAAUCGUUGCAUCUUUUUUGAGCAACCUGACUAUAGAGUAAAAAUGAUUUCUUGUUCUUCACUCUAACUUAUCUGUUUGUAUAUAAAAUAUAUGAAGCACUGA